UUUUGAAAGAAAGGAAUGUUUUUUUGGCAGCGAGUUGGGAAGUUCUGUGGGAAUCUGUUAGGGAAGCAAAAACUUCGGGUUUCGUUGUUGAGUGACGCCUAUAAUUAUAACAUCGAUGCCUACGUUUGCAAGUGUCUGCAUCUGGCUAGUGAAAAAUUUGUUUUGGCCAGUGAAUCAAACCUGUCACUAGCCACUGGGCUAGCAAGCUGAAAAGUUAGUCUCGAGCCCUGAGGCAACAUUUGAUCCAUAGAACAGUUAGAUCUGUUAAACCCCUGACUAUUGCACAGUAGUAACUAAAGCAAAAAUAAUAUGGUGAAUUUACCCAUCUUGUGUUUCUGUAAGGUAAAAGUUCUACAUACUUAUUAUCGUUGUUCUCUUUCAGUCACUGCUGGGAGCGAGUUACACAAGCAGUGUGGCGUAAAUAUCCAAAUGACCUUAAUCCAAAUGUAAAGACAAUGGAUGUUUUGGAUAGACAUGUGGAUGAACAAGGAAGAUUACAUACAACGCGACUCGUGGGCUCUGAGGGGUUUUUACCCUCGUGGGUCUGUAACAUGAUUGGAGUCAGUAACCUUGGAUAUGCCUAUGAACAUUCUGUUGUUGAUCCAGUGAAAAAGACUAUGACAAUGCAAAGUCGGAAUGUAACGCUGUCAGGCUGGGUGGAUGUAGAUGAGACAAUGACUUACUCUCAACACCAGGACAUUGACAAGACCAGACUUGAUCAAGAUACAGUUAUCAAAGUUUUUGGAAUCAGCUUCAAAGACUAUUGUGAAAGCCUCAUCAAGAACACAAUGGUCAACAAUGCUUCAAAGGGAAGACAAGCUAUGGAGAUGGUUAUUACUAAAAUUAACAAAGAGGUGCAAGACUUGGCUACCAAUAUUGAACAAGCAACAAGUCGGCUCAAUUCUGAAUUUGAGCAAGCAACAAGCAGGUUAAACACAGAACUUGAACAAGCUAAGCAUGGACUUGAGCAUGCUACCAUAUUUCCACAGGCAUUCUGUGAAGGAUCAUCAUCAAAAUCACCCUCCAGCUGAUCUUGUGCUUCAUCGUAAUUUUAAAUUAUUCAUUGUUUUUAAAUAAGCCAAGAGGUUGCUCGAGAGAGAAUGUGGAUUGAAGUACACUAUAAAUGAUCAAGAGCAUCCAAGGUGUGAACUGGUGCAAGAAAAGUGGCCGUGGAAGUCAUGUACUGUAUGCUUCCAAAGACUUGCAUCAAAGGGAACUGUCAAAUUGUCUCCAAGGAGACUCUAAUAAAAUAAUAUUGAUACUCGGGCAUGUGUAACCAAGGAAAAGUUGGUAAAAAUAACCAACUUUGAGUUCAGGGCAGUUACCCUAAAACAAAUGCUGUGAAAGACAACAUUAUUUACCAUUCACAUUCCACAAUGCAGUAUAUUUCUGGUGUAAUCAGCCAGGAUUCAUUCUUUAUUUGAUUCAAACAAGAUGAACGUGAGACUGAGAGCAAGAUUCCACCACUCAUGAACUUGAAAUAUUGUUUUGUACAAGUUUGUAAGGAAAUUGAAGUAAUUUCCUUGCGAUAUCUUCUAUGAGCAGUUAUUUAAUAUUUCUUACUUCGAAAUGGAUACUGGUUAAAUAAAUAAUUUUGCAGUCCGUAGGUGAACUGGAUUGUUCAAGGGGAAUAAACACCAUUUUAAAAUUGCA